GGCCGCCAUUUUCUCUCUGUCUUAGCAGUUGGCUGAGAGGAGGUCUCCAGAGCGGCGGCAGCGGCUGCUAUAGUGUAGCCAUGGCGGACUACUCCACGGUGCCUCCUCCUUCGUCUGGCUCGGCUGGUGGCGGUGGCGGUGGCGGAGGAGGAGUGAACGACGCCUUCAAAGAUGCGCUGCAGCGAGCGCGGCAGAUUGCAGCAAAAAUUGGAGGUGAUGCUGGUACAUCACUGAAUUCAAAUGACUAUGGUUAUGGAGGACAAAAAAGACCCUUAGAAGAUGGAGAUCAGCCAGAUGCUAAGAAAGUUGCUCCUCAAAAUGACUCUUUUGGAACACAGUUACCACCGAUGCAUCAGCAGCAAAGCAGGUCUGUUAUGACGGAAGAAUACAAAGUUCCAGAUGGAAUGGUUGGCUUUAUAAUUGGCAGAGGAGGUGAACAGAUAUCACGCAUACAGCAAGAAUCUGGAUGCAAAAUACAAAUCGCUCCUGAUAGUGGUGGCCUACCAGAAAGAUCUUGUAUGUUGACUGGAACACCCGAAUCAGUCCAGUCAGCAAAGCGAUUAUUGGACCAGAUUGUCGAAAAAGGAAGACCAACCCCUGGCUUUCAUCAUGGUGAUGGGCCAGGAAAUGCAGUUCAGGAAAUCAUGAUUCCAGCUAGCAAGGCAGGAUUAGUUAUUGGAAAGGGAGGAGAGACUAUUAAACAACUUCAGGAACGAGCUGGAGUUAAAAUGGUUAUGAUUCAAGAUGGACCUCAGAACACUGGUGCUGACAAACCCCUUAGGAUUACGGGAGAUCCAUACAAAGUUCAGCAAGCCAAGGAAAUGGUGUUGGAGUUAAUACGUGAUCAAGGUGGUUUCAGAGAAGUUCGAAAUGAGUAUGGGUCAAGAAUAGGAGGAAAUGAAGGGAUAGACGUCCCCAUUCCAAGAUUUGCUGUUGGCAUUGUAAUAGGAAGGAAUGGAGAGAUGAUCAAAAAAAUACAAAAUGAUGCUGGUGUUCGGAUUCAGUUCAAGCCAGAUGAUGGAACAACACCUGAUAGAAUAGCACAGAUAACAGGACCUCCAGACCGAUGUCAGCAUGCUGCAGAAAUCAUUACAGAUCUUCUUCGAAGUGUUCAGGCCGGCAAUCCUGGUGGACCUGGACCUGGUGGCCGAGGAAGAGGUAGAGGGCAAGGCAACUGGAACAUGGGACCACCUGGUGGACUACAAGAAUUUAAUUUCAUUGUGCCAACUGGAAAAACUGGAUUAAUAAUAGGAAAGGGAGGUGAAACUAUAAAAAGCAUAAGCCAACAGUCUGGGGCACGAAUAGAACUUCAGAGAAAUCCUCCACCUAAUGCAGAUCCUAAUAUGAAGUUAUUUACAAUCCGUGGCACUCCACAGCAAAUUGACUAUGCUCGGCAACUCAUAGAAGAAAAAAUUGGUGGCCCAGUAAAUCCUUUAGGGCCUCCUGUACCCCAUGGGCCCCAUGGUGUCCCAGGCCCCCAUGGGCCUCCUGGGCCUCCAGGGCCUGGAGCCCCAAUGGGACCAUACAAUCCUGCACCUUAUAAUCCAGGACCACCUGGCCCAGCUCCUCAUGGUCCUCCUGCGCCUUACGCUCCCCAGGGUUGGGGAAAUGCGUAUCCACACUGGCAGCAACAGGCUCCUCCUGAUCCAGCCAAGGCAGGAACGGAUCCAAAUUCAGCAGCUUGGGCUGCUUAUUAUGCUCACUAUUACCAACAACAAGCACAACCACCACCUGCAGCUCCUGCAGGUGCACCAGCUACAACCCAAACUAACGGACAAGGUAACUGGGGAGAUCAGCAGAAUCCAGCUCCAGCUGGUCAGGUUGAUUAUACAAAGGCUUGGGAAGAAUACUACAAAAAAAUGGGUCAACAAGGGCAGACACAAGAUUAUUCAAAGGCUUGGGAGGAAUAUUACAAGAAGCAAGGUCAAGCAGUUCCUGCUCCUACUGGUGCUCCACCAGGUGGCCAGCCAGAUUAUAGUGCAGCCUGGGCCGAGUACUAUAGACAACAAGCAGCCUACUAUGCCCAAACAAGUCCCCAGGGAAUGCCACAGCACCCUCCAGCACCUCAGGGAUUUGCAAAUCAUGCAAGAAGCCACCACCAUUUAUAUUAACCAGUUUUUCUUUCUUAAAGGAUUCACUCCUGAAUUAGCUCCAUUUAAAGGAUUUUCUUUAACUUUUUGUGUAUUUCUUAUGUAUCUCUUCUGCACAGGGCCAAUAAUAAGAAGUGGACAAUACAGUAUUUGCUUCAUUGUGUGGGGGAAAAAAACCUUUGUUAAAUAUAUGGAUGCAGACGACUUGAUGAAGAUCUUAAUUUUGUUUUUGGUUUCAAAUAGUGGUUUUUUUUUUUUUUUCUUUUUUUUUUUUUUUCCAAAAAUGUACAAAAUAUCUAUCACUACUGAUAGGAGGUUAAUAUUUCUGUGUAGAAAUGAAAAUGGUUUGUUUUUAGUAUUUAGUGUAGAUGUACACAUUCCAGCAAAUGUAUUUGCAACUAUUAUGUGGUCAAUGCUUUGUGAUAUAAAUGUACUUUUUCAAUGUAUACUUUCACUUUUAAAAUGCCUGUUUUGUGCUUUACAAUAAAUGAUAUGAAACCUCCUGUGUCGGUAAGUUGGAUAUGUGGGUAAAAGAUUCAUAAUUUCUUAGCAAUGAUAAAAUAAGAUACAUAAACACAAAUAUAAGCUUUCCCCAUGAAGUAAUUGAGUUUUAAACACUGCCAUGUUUUUUCCCCUUGCAGUAUAGUGAUAGGUUGGAGAAUCUUUUCCAUUUAUUGUAUUUGGCUGUUUCAGCACAAGUAAUCCUGAUAUCUUCAUUUUUUUCCUUCUGUUUGGUUAAAAACUGCAUGUGUGUACAGUGAUCUUUUGGCAUACUUCCAUUGCAUUAACAGUGAAAUUUCCUUUUUUAUACAUGACCACUGUUUCAGAUAUGUACUGCUGCUAUAACAGUUAACCUUUCUGUUCUGAAUUUGAUAAUUACUUGAUUUUCAAGACUUGUUUCAGCAUAUAACUAUUUUUAAACAGUUUUCAGAUAGUAAAUGAGUAGUCUGAUUUUUUCAUGUAAAGCAAUUCUUUCAAUGUAUAUAAUAUUAGUAUGUUUCUUUCUAAAUUUAGGGUAGAAAAGUGUCUAGUAUGCAGAGUUAUAGCUACAUUGCAUCUGCCAUUGAAACAUAAUUGGGGUAUGGAAAUGGUGAAGCCUUUUCUUUUUUUUAUUUUUUCUUUUUGCAGUUUAGAUAAGCUUUGUUUUGUAAAUGCACAAGUCCAGUCAUUGAAUCAGCUUACUUUUUUUAUGUACUUGAAAUCAUUUAUUACUCUUUAACACUCAUGCUGAAGUUCUGAUAUUUUGUUGAAAUCCAUUGUUUUACUCUUUGCAUAUUUGUUGGCUCUUUGCAUAUUAAUAUGUUAGACUACAUGCAAAUACAGUCUGUCUUGCCAUUGUCUGUUGAAGUGCAGGUUUGAUCCAGCCAGUAUAGAACUAGCUCUGUAGGGGUGAGGAGGACUGUGCUGUGUAUCAUCCUUGAUUGUGUUCCUUCAAGGAGCAUUGCACUGUAAGUACAUCAGAAUGACAAAUUGAUGAACUGCAACAGUAUCUUUUUGUCAAUGUUCCACAUAAUGCAAAUGCCAUACUUUGUUUGAAUAUUAUGUUGGAAUACAGUGCUGAUAUCUUGGAAAACCAUAAUUGUUUCUUAACAUAGAGUAAUACAUAGUUCUGUAUUUUUUUAAGUGAGCUUAAUGGGUAAGUAUUUUUUUAUGUGCUUUAGCUAUAGCUAAAGAAAACUGAUCAUUAACAGUUUAAUAUUAUUACUGGUGCUCCUAAAAUACUGUUUUUCAGCGUAAAAUAUGCAUAUCUUAUACUAAUAUGGAGGACUUGAAAUGUAUGAGACAGAAAUGAUUUUCUCUUGCAAAUGACCAGCAGUAUAACACUCUUAGCACCAUAAAAAUACUGUCAUUUAUGAGGGAGCACCAUUUGUUUUGAUUAUAGUUUAGCGCAAGAUGUACAACAACAUAAAUGUUGAGAUUACUUACAGGGUGGAAAAAGCAGUACAGUUCAUUGUAGAUGUUUUGAAAUGUUUUGGAUUGUUUAUUUAUCUAGAAUGACUUCCCUUACCCUUAUUUAGAUGUGGAAAUGUAGUUCUAGUUUGAAAUUUAAUAGUUAAGGAUUUACCUGUUAACUUGAAGAAUAGGGUAUUGAUGUGAAUAAUGUCAGUCUGCAUGAUACUGUUGUAUAGAUGAUCUUUUAGGACAGUGGUGCAUUUGUUAGUUAAACUAAAUAGUUCAGUUGGAUUCAGUCAUUACUCACAAAUUGGAGGCUGUUGAUUUUGAUUCAUUUAAGGUUUAAAAUCUUUAUUAAUUGCAAACAGUGCAAUUAUUUAUAC